AUGCCCACCCUAGGGGCUGAACCCUUUGAGCAGCGCGAUACAGUAGCAUUUGCGCCCACCCCUUUUCCAAGUCAUCAGUGGGCCAACUUGUGGCACAUUCCCACAGGACACUCUCUGUUCCAAUCGCUCUUGCCCUCGAGAUGUAAGUACACAGUUGGCAUCUUGCCCCCCCCAGGAUCUCGGAGCAUGGGAAGUGCACAUCGUUCAGUGUGUGCUUACACCAGGCACUCCAGCGCCAUGCCGACACGCAGCAGCGGCAGAGCAGGGGUGUUGGCGGGGGCAUCGACUGGCAGCAAGGGCUGCUGCACAUCCAAAAGGAUGCCAAAGCAGACCUUGCCCCUGCGGCGACGCAGCUUUGCAAGGCUGAGCAGGGGUUCCGGCCCCACCCACCUGCAUGGUGGGUUUCACAAAAGACAGAAAACAUUGGACAGCCAUGCAGGGCGAUGCCUGGUCUGUGGCAGCAGAUGA